AUUCUUCAAGUAGUUAUCAUACGAAGCAGAUAUAAAUUGUGCAAGCAGAGUAGUUUAAAGAAACUGGUUUUCAUUUGAGAUGAAGCUUUCUCUAGGUUUUACUUGGUUGAUAUUCGUCGUGCAUCUUUUAGAAUGCAACUCGUUGGAACGUGCUUUUGUAAUAAACAAUCCAAAAAUUCUGAUCGUUAUAAUGCAGCAAGAAAAUGAGCCGAUUUUUCCGACAACAUACAAUUACACAAGCUGUGAAGAGAUUGUAGUAAGAUCAGCUAAACUGAAUGCGUUGACGACGGAAAUGCAAACAGCGAUUUCAAAUGUUACAAUUGUAGCACUAGUUUAGUUAUCAUCAACCCAAAUUUAAACUAUCAAACGGCAGACCUAGCGAUCGUUUAUAACCGUUUAGAAAAGCUUCCAAAGCAUCUGAAUGUUUUGACCAAUUUGGAGAAACUUUUUCUUCACGACAAUCGAAUCGAGUUUGUUGCGAUGGCGGAGUUCAAUGGUUUGAAUAAACUAAAGUUGCUAGCCUUGCAAAGAAAUAAGAUUACCGAAAUCAGAGCAACGCUACAGAAUCCAGUGAUCCUUCCCAAGUUGGAGGAAUUCUACAUCUACAAUAACCUUCUCACCGAUAUAAAUUUUGAGCAUUGGAAUACUUCGAACCUUAAUUUAAUUUAUUUGCCCGAGAAUCAACUGCAGAUCGCCCUUUCACUUCCGGGCAAACUCAACGGAUUGAAAGGAGUCGCACUGGCCACCAAUCCCUUAAACUGUGAGUGGCUUAACUCAACUUUGAAGCAACUUAAGGAUCGCAAUGUUAAGGUAUAUGAUGAACACAUUACAAAGUGCAACGCAACAGGACCAGAUUUGAAAGAAAUUGUUCGCAGAGUCAACUUCAAGGAAACGUUUGCCACUCUGCCACUUUUACGACACAGUCAAUUUGAAUUAAAAGAAUUUCUGCAAAAAAAACUGAAGAACUUGGAAGCCAACAUUGAGAUUCGGCAGCAGCAGAAUGAAUCGCUACAAACCAAUUUUGACAAGAUUGAUAUCAGAAUAAGCGAGUUAUCAUCGAAAAGUGAAAAACUUCAAACAGAAUUGCAAACCAAUUUGUUGCAAACCACCAACGCUACAUCGACAACCGAUCAAAAGCUGAAAGAAAUGGAAUCAUUUUUCAAAUUACAGAUGGAAUCGUUGCGAAAAUCGGCCCUCAACAUUACCGAGGCUACGGAUUUGCACCUGCUGAAGAGCAAUCAAAGUCCUGACCAGGAGCUAGUGGAGAUGAGGCAACAUUUCGAGCGGAAAAUCUCAAAGCUUGAGACUGAUGGUAAGAAUUUUCAGGCAGAGAUUCAACACGUUUUAAAAAUAUUGAACGAGCUGCAGCGACAACAGAACGAGUCUCCAAUCAGCAGCACAGACUCGGUUCACGGAGGAACUUUCAAGCUAGACACAUAUGUAGUGACUUUUGUGGUUCUGGCAAUCUUAUUUUGCUUAUACUUGGUGAAAACUAACUUUGGUUCAAUCAUGUGUGCCAAGUCUGACAAAAGGAAGAAAAAUCGUGUGGGUGAAAUGCCGCUUACUUCGAUUGCUGAUGACACCCAACAAUACUUGGAACGUCAACAAUUUGACAAAAAGUGAGGCCACCACCGGUUGAAAUACAUGUGAAAUUUUAUGUUUAGUUUAGUUUGCCGCAACAUCAUUUGUAAUCUGUAGAAUUAUGGCAAAAUAAAGCAUUAUUUGUA